AUGGAAACGCGGGAAAUCGCUACUAGGGACGAACUGUGGCGCAUUCAAGAGACGCUGCACGAGCUCUCCGCAACCCAAGCUCUCCAUUCUGAGAGAAUCAUGCGCUUAGAGCAGAAGAGUCAGAACGCCGAUGGAAGCAGGUCGAGGAAUGUCUGGGGUCCAGCGUCUCCAUUUCCGAUGGUCCUCAGCUCUUCGCAUCACGCAGAAUCCACGCUCAACCCGGCGGCUGAAGCCUUCCGAAAUUUCGACGUCGAUCCUGGCAAUAGCAUGAUGAGCUCACUGACCUUGGACACCAACGACGAUUCCAGAAGAGUAGCAGCGUCGCGGGCCAAUUCGGUACGGUUCGAUGAGAGCGCAAACAACCACUAUGCUCCAUCUAGGCAGUCGAUGGAACUUCCGACACGGACAGGGAGUGGUCUUGGUGGUCAUGCUCUUUCCGAACGCUCUCUGUCGCAUCGAUCUGACGGGAGACCAAGCGCUUUUGGGUUUGGUCGAACCAACAGCUUUGGUCUAGAGCAAAGUCGCCUCCUUGCCUCCAUUCACAACUCACCGCGAGUGUCCAGCAACCCUCCGCCAGGAUUUUUCGUCCUAGGACCAUGCCCGUCUAUCAUUCGUUGCUGGCUGACUGAGACAUUCACCAAUGAUUCGCUGCUCUAUGCCGCCGUUUGCACUGGCUCAUCAGCAUCCUGGGUGAGCGCAGCCCUCGUAGACAAACUCGAAUUGACCGACACGAUAGUGGAUGAGGCAGAUUCUCGUGCAAUCCGCCUACCAGUGUACUUGACAGAAGCAAAGAUUCAGUCUCCGGCCAUGAGGUCUGUGAGCCCGGUGCCUCACAUUCCUACCCUGACAGUCAAGUUCAUCAUCGACGAGCAACCCGUGACCGAUCCAUCGAUACAGAUCAUUCUGGGCAGUGACGUCUUGAGAUCGCAUAGUGGUGAUAUCCUCUUCUCCCAGGACAAGUUGGUGAUCUUUGACGAGGAGCGAAAUCAAGUUUCCAUUCCACUGGUCCGACCUGAAGACGACGCCUCGUACAAGGAUCUGUGCACAUCUUCCCGCCUGCGGUCCUCCUCAGUCGACGCAGCCUUACCGCCCCCGGCAUCUCCUGUUGGAGUGAUAGGCCGGCCCGGGAGAUUGAGUUCGACUCAAGGAGCUGGAUCUCCCACAGUCGCGCCUACAAGUAGUAUAGCAUCUGCCCCGACGUCGGAGCCGGGAGACAGCCGCAGACCAGACCGUCAUGAUACAUCAACGAGACCCAGUCUCGACCUCAGCCAUUCCAGGGCCGGCGAAGAUUCGAAAUCCACAACCGGGAGUGAGAAAUCAUUCAGUACUCCAAUGUCCAAGUCGGGAUCUGGGGUCUGGGCCAAUUCGUGGCGGACAGUUUCAUCGGGUGGGCCCAACGAACCCGGGACGAAAACCCCUUCUAGCUAUGCACGCCCCAGCAGUUCAAGGCCCAUGAAAAUUCUUCGACCGGGGAAGACGAUGGCCAGUGCCUCCCGAAAUGUUUCCUCUGCCACUAACGCGAAUGGAGUGGACAGUACCCCUACCAAGUCGAAUGAAGCCGGCGGCAAAGCCAGUUCGACUGAUCUGGCAGGCGAGACGAAAGGCUCUCAAUCUUCGUCCACGGCAAAGACGAAUCCAGUAGGCUCAGGAACGGCUUUUGGAUGGCUCAACUCGGGGCCUCAGCGGAGGACGACGGCGAAUGGUUGA